AUGGCUGGAAAAUUAGUUAUGAAAAAAUCUACUUUGUCAUUCAUACUUCUUGCCACUUUCUUCCUUUCUGUUGCUUAUGGUCGCCAUUAUCGUUUCAUUGUUAGAGAAGUUUCUAUUAAUAGGCUCUGUGAAUCAAAGAAAAUUCUUACUGUCAACGGACAAUUUCCGGGGCCAACUAUCUAUGCUCACAAAGGAGAAACUAUUAUAGUUGAUGUUUACAACAAAGGAAAAUACAACGUCACUAUUCACUGGCAUGGUGUCAAGCAACCACGAUAUCCAUGGUCAGAUGGUCCUGAAUAUAUCACCCAAUGUCCAAUUAAACCAGGUGAUAAAUUCAAGCAAAAAAUCAUAUUAUCUGAUGAGGAAGGGACACUAUGGUGGCAUGCACACAGUGGAUGGCAACGUGCAACAGUUCAUGGUGCACUUAUUGUUUAUCCCAAACAAGGGACUCCUUAUCCUUUCCCGAAGCCUCAUCGCGAAAUACCCAUCAUUAUAGGUGAGUGGUGGAAGGAAGAUAUUAAGAAACUCGUGGAUGAAUUUGUAGCAUCAGGAGGUCAGCCUAGAAAUUCUGAUGCUUUCACUAUCAAUGGUCAGCCAGGUGACCUUUAUCCUUGCUCAAAGAAUGGAACUUUCAAUCUAGAGGUGGAGUUUGGAAAGACUUAUCUACUGAGGUUUAUAAGUGGUGUAAUGAACGAACUUAUGUUCGUUAGUAUUGCAAAUCACAAUCUAACAGUAGUUGGAAUAGAUGGAAGCUACACAAAACCAUUGACACGAGAAUAUAUCAUGAUAACCCCAGGACAAUCAAUCGAUUGCAUUUUGAAAACUAACCAAAAGGGUGAUCAAUAUUAUUAUUUAGCUGCUAGAGCAUAUUCUAAUGGUACUACUACCUUUGAUAACACAACCACAACAGCAAUUUUAAAGUAUAAAGAGAAAGAUAACAAUACUUCAUCAUCUCCUUUAUUUCCAUAUCUUCCUUCUUACUAUGACACCCUUGCUGUUGUGAAUUUCACUGCUAGCCUAAGAAGUUUAGCCUCGAAAAACCAUCCGAUUUUCGUCCCCCUUGAAAUAAAAAACAAAAUGAUUUCCACUAUUUCAAUUAAUGCAUUUCCCUGUCCUGAAAAUGGUACAAACUCUACAUGCCAAGGACCAAACGGGACACGAUUUGCAGCUAGUAUGAACAACAUAAGUUUUGUUAAGCCUACGUACGAUAUACUAGAGGCCUAUUAUUAUCACGUUAACGGUGUUUUUGGGACAAAAUUUCCUAGUUUUCCACCAUAUAAAUUCAAUUACACUGCUGAUUACUUGCCUUUGGAACUUGAUAUACCGGAUUUAGGGACAGAAGUGAAAGUAUUGAAGUAUAAUACUACAGUUGAAAUGGUUCUUCAGGACACUAAUUUAGUUGGUUCCUCAGACCAUCCAAUGCAUCUUCAUGGAUAUAGUUACUAUGUUGUUGGAUGGGGAUUUGGAAAUUUCGACGAGAAAAAGGAUCCUUUGAAUUAUAAUCUUGUUGAUCCUCCUCGAGUAAACACAAUUGCUGUUCCUAAAAAUGGUUGGACUGCAAUUAGAUUCAAAGCAGACAAUCCUGGAGUUUGGUUUAUGCAUUGCCAUAUUGAGCGUCAUAUAUCAUGGGGUAUGAAGACUGCAUUUCUAGUGGAAGAUGGCAAGUACCCAGAAGAACGGAUGUUGCCUCCUCCCCCAGAUAUGCCACCAUGCUGA